GAACCGCAACCGGCCGAGAAGAUCGGCAAGAUGAAGAAGUUGCGAAGAACUUUGUCGGAGAGUUUCAGCCGCAUCGCUUUGAAGAAAGACGAUACCACCUUUGAUGAGAUAUGUGUCACAAAGAUGUCAACACGGAACUGCCAGGGAAUGGACUCAGUGAUCAAACCCCUGGACACAAUUCCUGAGGAUAAAAAAGUCAGGGUUCAGAGGACACAGAGCACUUUUGACCCAUUCGAAAAGCCAACUAAUCAAGUGAAGAGGGUGCAUUCCGAGAACAAUGCUUGCAUUAACUUUAAGACCUCCUCUGCGGGGAAAGAGUCGCCUAAAGUUAGACGGCACUCCAGCCCCAGCUCGCCGACAAGUCCCAAAUUUGGAAAAGCUGACUCAUACGAAAAACUGGAAAAGCUAGGGGAAGGAUCUUAUGCUACAGUAUACAAAGGGAAAAGCAAGGUAAAUGGGAAAUUGGUAGCACUGAAGGUGAUCAGACUGCAGGAAGAAGAAGGCAUACCUUUCACAGCUAUCAGGGAAGCUUCUCUGUUAAAAGGAUUAAAACAUGCUAACAUAGUGCUGCUUCAUGAUAUCAUCCACACCAAGGAGACGCUGACACUUGUGUUUGAAUAUGUGCACACUGAUUUAUGUCAGUACAUGGACAAACACCCUGGGGGGCUGCAUCCAGACAAUGUGAAGUUGUUUUUAUUUCAGUUGCUGCGAGGGCUGUCUUACAUCCACCAGCGGUAUAUUUUGCACAGAGACCUGAAACCACAGAACCUUCUGAUCAGUGACACGGGGGAGUUAAAGCUGGCAGAUUUCGGUCUUGCAAGAGCAAAAUCCAUCCCUAGCCACACAUACUCCAAUGAAGUGGUUACUUUGUGGUACAGACCUCCAGAUGUUCUCCUGGGCUCGACAGAGUAUUCUACCUGCCUUGACAUGUGGGGAGUCGGCUGCAUCUUUGUUGAAAUGAUCCAAGGGGUUGCUGCUUUUCCAGGAAUGAAAGACAUUCAGGAUCAACUUGAACGAAUAUUUCUGGUCCUUGGAACGCCAAAUGAGGACACAUGGCCUGGAGUUCAUUCUUUACCACAUUUUAAGCCAGAACGCUUUACCCUGUACAGCUCUAAAAACCUUAGACAAGCGUGGAAUAAGCUCAGCUAUGUGAAUCAUGCAGAGGAACUGGCCUCCAAGCUCCUACAAUGUUCCCCAAAGAACAGGCUAUCAGCACAGGCAGCCUUGAGCCACCAGUAUUUCAGUGACCUGCCCCCGCGGCUAUGGGAACUGACUGAUAUGUCUUCUAUUUUUACCGUCCCAAAUGUAAGAUUGCAACCAGAAGCUGGAGAAAGCAUGCGGGCCUUUGGGAAAAACAAUAGUUAUGGCAAAAGUCUAUCAAAUAGCAAGCACUGACAAGCACAAAAUUCUCAAGAGAGUGCAGGUUUUUAAAAGAAAAAUGGCUGAAAGAGAAGAAACUGGUUUGAUGCUUUAUGAACUGGUUCACCAACCCAUGGAUCCUUGAAAAUUGACUGUAUUUUUGUAAUUCAGCAUUUUCAGGUCAGAUGAGCUUUCAAAUUAUGGGGGAAAGUAGCACUGCAACUUGCAUCUUCUGUCUUUUUAAAACCCAAAUUAAUUUCAUAGGGACUGUUUAGCCAGCAGCAUAACAUGAGUGAAGUUUUCUCAUAAAUAGUGGGUGCGAGAUGUGAUGUGGCUAGUAAGCAAGAUAUCUAUUACAAUGCUUGGUCAAACUGUUAUGAAGUUAGCAGUCACAUAUAGCAAGGAGUUAUAAUCAGUAUAGGUGCUCUAUCUUUCCUUUUCAUUUAAUGUUGAUUCUUAUGAAUUUGAGAUACAGAGAGAAUCAUUUCUGCCCUAAGUGCACUAUAUUGUAUUAUUAAUACCAGGAUAGCAGCCGAAUCCCCCUAGACAGUCUUUGUGGUCUGCUGAUGCUCUAAGAAGUGUCUGAGCAUAAAAGGAGACUGUUUGAGUUGAAGUGGGCUGAUGGUCUGGGAUGACAUUUGAAUGCAUGGAGGACAGUGUCUAAAUGAUAAUGUCAAGAAGGGAAGGCAAAAAGAAGCUCAAAACUGUUCCCAUUGUUCCACGGAUGCUCAUCACUCCUCCUGGGAUAUUCCUCACAUGGGAGCUUUGUCUGGGUGGAAAUGUAGAGUUAGGGGCCAGGAGGGAUACAAACAUGGCCCUGAGACAAAAGCCAGAACUUCAGGUCUUAGAUACAUUAAAAUUCUAGACAGAUAGCAAAUGUAAUGAGAUCUACAACCUGAAUGUAUUUCAGUUUUAACAAAAUUAAACAUUUUAGCUAAACUAUUACAAGUAUAUUUAACAAAAUGGUUGCAAUACUCUGA